ACUAGACAUUAUGAUCCAAAGUCCAGAUUGAUUCCAGGCCCAGCUUUUACUACUCCAGAGUUUCUUCUCCGGCCAGUUGACGGUUCAACUUGCUCGUCGGAGUCGGAGUCGAACCCGCGAUCUUUCUUCAUCGAAAUCGAGUCGUACCUUUAAUUUAGGGAUCCGAAGAUUUAGAGGAUUAAAUGGCAAGCACAGCAUGUUUUAUGAUUGUAAGCAGAAAUGAUAUUCCUAUCUAUGAAGCUGAAGUUGGCACUGCGCCCAAGAAAGAAGAUGCUGCUCAUCAGCACCAGUUUAUUUUACAUGCAGCAUUGGAUAUUGUCCAGGACCUUGCAUGGACUACAAGUGCUAUGUUCUUGAAGUCAAUUGACAGAUUUAAUGAUUUGGUGGUGUCUGUUUAUGUUACUGCUGGUCAUACGCGACUGAUGCUACUUCAUGACUCUCGUAAUGAUGAUGGGAUCAAAAGCUUCUUCCAGGAGGUCCAUGAACUAUAUAUAAAGAUCCUUCUGAAUCCUCUCUAUUUGCCAGGAUCUCGCAUCACAUCAUCUCACUUCGAUACCAAAGUUAGAGCCCUUGCAAGAAAGUACCUCUGAAGACUAACUAUGGACCAGUGCUAAACAUGAAUUGUAUGAAAUUCAAAGUUCAUUCCUCCCAGUUAUAUGAAAUUGAUGACUGGUUAUUGUGUUUGGAAUGAUUAUAUUUCUCAUGGUAAAAGAUUAAGUUCACUUGUAGACCACCUUUUCAUCAAGCUGAUGUUUCAUUAUUAUGAUUAUUAUAUAACUGCCAGAAUACAUGAAACACUGAGCUUAGUUA